ACUCGUUUUUGGUAUCCGCAAGACAACGAGCGAUGGCGACUGCCCCGGUGGAGCUGACCAUUAGCGCGACGGGCUUGGCCCGCGGCUGCGACGCGUUCGCUGUCGUCUACUUCAAUGACACGAUCGUCGGGCGCACGGAAGUACGCAAGAACACGCCUGCGCCGGGUUUUGUCAAGAGCUUCAAGCUCGACGUUGCCCAGCAUGGCAACGAGGGCUACGUUGUCAAGAUCGAGCUGUACCACGAGAGCGACGAAGACCACCCGGAGCUGCAGCGCCAAAAGCUGCUCGGCCACAUUGUCUUGCCGCUGCCGGAAAUGGUGGCGCAGAUCAACAACCCGAUCACACUGCCGCUGACGAGCCACCAUGACCAUGGCAACGGCGCGGUGCUGCAGCUGCGCACCGAGUACAUUGGCUUGAACGCGGACAUCGCGAUGGUCCAAUUCGCCGGCGCCGAGCUCCCGGCGCCCGACAACUCGGGCUUGCCCAACCCGCUUCUUGUGAUCAAGCGCAUCGUGAGUGACGGGUCGUACGUGGCCGUCUUCCGCUCCGAGGUCCACAAGCAGACGAGCAACCCGUUGUGGGAGAAGCGCAACGUGCCGGUCCAGCGUCUCUGCAACGGCGACUACAAGCGCCCACUCCUCUUCCAAGUCGUGCACCACGAAAAGUCGACGCAGAAGCUCAUCGGGCAGGUGACCGCGACCCUCUACGACCUCCUCAACGGAAGCGUUCGGUCGCUCCCGCUCCGCAACGGCGAGCGCUUUGCGGGCUCGCUCAACGUCGCGUUCCUUCAAGUCGCCAACGAACCCGACUAUGUGGGCUACGCCCAAGGCCCGUGCGAGAUUACGCACCUGCAAGGGCUCCGCACCGCGGGCAAGCCUCUCGACCAGCAGAGCAGCUACGCUGCGUACGGUGCCCCGGCGACGGCGGCGCCGCCGAUCGCCGAAAUGAGCGCCAUGAAGCUGCAGCCCGACGUGGUGCCCACGGCGACCGCGUACCCGGUAGCCGCGCCGGGUGGCCAGUACCCCGAGGCCUCGCUCGUCGCGACGCCAGUCGACUGGAUGCAAAAGAAGGUGACGCAAGACAGCGAGACGCCGACGCAAGUGACGUUCAUCAACAGCUUUGUGGCGCCGGUGGACAUUGCGUGGGUCGACUACGACGGCAACGAGACCAUCUACAACCGCAUCGAGCCCGGCCAAAAGUACACGCAGGACACGUACGCGCAGCACGUGUGGCUGCUCGCGACGCCGACGCACGGCCCGCUGGCCUACUACACGGCGGCGCCGGACGCGACGUUCGUCGACAUUCUCGGGCCCAACGCGCUCGGCGUCGGGCCGCAGUGCACCGCGAUCACGUCGGGCAGCGCCGGCGCGCCGAUCAAGCUCGUCUUUGUCAACAACACGCCCCGCAUCAUUGGCAUUGCCUGGGUCGACGAGGCGGGCCAAGAGAUCGAGUACGCCCAGGUCCACCCGCGCCAGUCGUACGUGCAGGACACGUAUGCCAACCACGUGUGGAAGGCACACUACGCCGACUCGAACAUCCCGCUCGUGUACUUUCGCGGGUCGCCCAUCAGCGAGCAGGUCGACAUUCGCGGCCACAACGCCAUGGUGCACACGCCGCUCGGCCACACGGGUGGGCCGUACCAGGGCCAGCCGCCGUACCAGGGCCAGCCGCCGUAUGGAUUCUAA